GAAAAAAUUGAAAAACACUUCAAAGUAUAUUUAUCAGACUCUGUUUUUGAACGGGGAAAACAGCGAUAUCAAAAUUUGUGCUCUGGGAGAGGAGUGGAACUUGCAUAAGAUAUAUCUGUGUCAGUCUGGCUACUUUUCCAGUAUGUUUAGUGGAUCUUGGAAGGAAUCUAGCAUGAACAUCAUAGAGUUGGAGAUACCUGACCAAAAUAUUGAUAUAGAAGCUCUACAGGUGGCUUUUGGCUCACUAUACAGAGAUGAUGUGUUAAUAAAACCCAGUCGAGUAGUUGCACUUUUGGCAGCAGCCUGCAUGCUGCAGCUUGAUGGCUUAAUCCAGCAGUGCGGUGAAACGAUGAAGGAAACCAUUAAUGCAAAAACUGUGUGUGGUUAUUACAAUUCAGCGGGGACGUACGGGUUAGACUCUGUGAAGAAGAAGUGCCUUGAAUGGCUCUUGAAUAACCUGAUGACUCACCAGAGUGUUGAACUCUUCAAAGAACUCAGCAUAAACCUCAUGAAACAGCUGAUCAGCUCCUCUAACCUCUUUGUAAUGCAAGUGGAAAUGGAUGUGUAUACUGCUCUCAAAAAGUGGAUGUUCCUUCAGCUAGUGCCUUCAUGGAACGGGCCUUUGAAACAACUCUUAACCGAAGCUGAUGCCUGGUUUGCCAAGCGUAGGAAAGAUCUUGAGAAUGACAUUGCAUUCCUGGAAUCAGAACAGGGGAGUGCGUUCCUGUCGGUGUUCACGCACCUGAGAUUACAGUACAUCAUCAGUGACUUGGCAUCAGCCAAAAUUGUCGAGAGAGAUUCCCUAAUACCCUCAGAAUGGCUGUCCUCUGUUUACAAACAGCAGUGGUUUGCCAUGCUCAGAGCAGAACAAGACAAUGAUAUUGGGCCUCAAGAAAUAAAUAAAGAGGAACUGGAAGGAAACAGCAUGAGGUGUGGUCGCAAACUUGCAAAGGAUGGUGAUUACUGCUGGCGGUGGACUGGCUUCAACUUCGGCUUUGACCUCCUUGUUACCUACACCAAUCGCUACAUCAUUUUCAAGCGGAAUACGCUCAAUCAGCCGUGCAGUAGCUCGGUCAGUCUGCAGCCUCGGAGGAGCAUUGCCUUCAGGUUACGUCUAGCCUCUUUUGAUAGCAGUGGGAAAAUUAUUUGCAGUAGAACGACAGGAUAUCAGAUCCUAACCCUUGAGAAGGACCAG